GGCCGCAGGCCACAGGUCAGCCUAGCGGGCCAGGGGCGGCAGUGCCCCGGAGUUUCACCCCAAGGCCGCCCCUGCCCCCCGGUCACUCCAGUCCUGCAGCAUGAGCGGCCCUGAGCCACCCAGUGAGACCUCUGGGCCUGACGCCCCCACCUGGCCGACUCAGCCCACCUACAGCAACCUCGGUGAGGUCCGCGCCCAACUGCUGCCCUCCAAGGCCUGCCACCCCCGGACAUCCGGGCGCCCCCCGACUGACUCAGAGCCCAUGCCCCCACCCCUGCCCAAGAAGACCCUGGCCAGGACCCAGUCCCUGCCCACCCACAGGGCCCGCGGCUCCAGCCCUGCUCCCGCAGGGCAGCCUCGGAGACCCUUUCUGGGGUCCCACAGUGUGGACGAGAGCCAGGCAGGCAACGACCGACCUUGGGCCUCCCAUCCGCCUGUGGAACCGCACUUCCACUUGCUCAACAGCCCGCUGGGCCUCGCCUGGCACGACCUGCAUUUCCCCGAGGCCAGGCACACCAUGCUGGAGGCCCGGCAGCUGGAGGGGCUCCACACCGUGCACGCCCGGCUCCAGGCCCGGCUGCUGGGGGGCCACCCGGGCCCCUGCCAGCCCGGCCACGGCUUCCGCCUCCUGGACAGCUCGCCAUGCGUGGAGAGCGGAGACGCCCUCUACUACCGCCUGGUGCGGGUGGGAGGCGAGACGUGGCACAUGCUUGCUGCCAAGGUGCCCAAGCCGGGAGCUGAGGAGCCCCACCCGUGGGGCCUGGAGCUGCAGGCCUCGCUGGCCCCACACUUCAACCUGCAGGGGCUGUGCGGCCUGGUGCCCGAGGGCACGCUGCCCAACGUGACCUGGAGAGGCCCUGUGGUGCUGGUGGCUGAGGUGCCCGAGCGCACGGUGACCCAGUGGCUGUCAGAGGUGGGCAGGAGGCCGCGGCCCGCGGAGUUCCCCUGGGUCGUGGCCCUGCUGCUGCUACAGCUGAGUUCAGCCCUGGAGCACCUGGAGGCGCAGGGCGCGGCCCUGGUGGAGCUCCGGCCGGAGAACCUGCUGCUGGCGGCACCUCGGGGCUGUGCGGCGACGGGGCCCCCACGCCUGCUGCUGGCCGACUUUGGCCGCGUCCACCCACGGCCCCUGGGACCGCCCGGCGCCCACGCGCAGCAGCUGAGCCGCCUGCUGCGCGUCCUACUCGGCCCUGCUGCGCCCUCAGCCACGCCCUUGGCCGCUGGCCUGGAAACUCUGGCGGCCCAGCUGGCCCGCUCGCGGCCCUCGGCGGCCCAGACGCGGGCGGCGCUGCAGACGCUGCUCUGGGGGCCUGGGCCUGAGCUGCACCGCCAAGGAGCCCCACUAGGGCCCUGGCUGCGGGUGGGCCGCGCGCUGCUCGUCCUACACCUGGCCGAGCGGGCCGCGGCCGGGGUGGUGCCGGGCCUGGAGGACUGGCUGUGCUGUGAAUACCUGGCUGGGGCCACGGAGGCCUCCCUGGGCCACGCCCUGGCACUGCUGUGGGACUGACGCCUCCCAAGGGCCUCGCCGAGAGGUAGGAACCCUCCCCAGACCGGGGGCCAGAAGGCCCGCAGAGAUUGCCUCCAUGAUGGUGGGGACACCCUCUUCCAGAAAGGGCCAGAAGGCCGGGGGAGAGUGUGGGACUGUGGACACCUCCUCUCCAAGGCACCCCCCUUCUACUCCGGGGACUUAGGCCCAAGUCCUUCCCAGGAAGGCCGGGGGCUGGGGGCCAGUGGCCAGCGCCUCCUGAGGCUUUCUGAGGCCAGGAUGGCCCAGCCCUCUUCCAGGUGUGGGCACUCCCUUUCGGCCAAGGUCUGUGUGAGUGUGGGACCCCUCCCCCCACCUCCCAGCAGAAGUGAGGCUGCCCUUCUAGUGCUGGAGUCUGAGGGUCGCGGUCUCGGGGAGAAGGUGGACACUGUCCUCCAUCUCUGGCCCUGGAGCACCCCCUUGUGCUGCGAUGGCCAGUGACUGUGUGAACGUCCUCGUCUAGACCUGCUUGGGGUCUCCAGGGGGAGGGGAAGCUCCUAGAACCUGGGACACCCAGCCCACCCGGCACAGCCUGCCUGAGCGCC